ACGUAUAAUUUACUGGACGGAACGCUUCUUCACCAACAACGCGCCUACUCUUUCAUCCAUCUCGGUAGCUUGCUAGCCAACGUACGACUGAAAGAUUGACGCUUUAGACCAUGUUAAUGCACAUUAGCUAAUCUCAGUGUUGUUAACACAGUUCAGUUGACCUAUCUACUGUUUAACUUUAACCUAAUUUGCUUGUUCAAUUUGCAAACUUGUUAAAGAUUGAUGCUGAGCCUAGCACUAGGCUAGUCGCUAAUGCUAACUCGCUAGCUAACUCGCUACCUAACAUCCCCGACCAUGAGUUCGCUAAACUACUCAACCCCUGCUAAAGAAGAGGAGGUCUGCUGUACGGAGAAAGAAGCUCUGGCGCUGAACAAUGUCGUGGAAGAAGAAGAGGAGGGUAUUACAGUGAAAGAAGAGGAAGAACCUUUCAUAAUGAAAAAGGAGGAAGAGGAGGUUGUUAUAGUGAAGGAAGAAGAGGCUGUUAUAGUGAAGGAAGAAGAGGCUGUUAUAGUGAAGGAAGAAGAGGCUGUUAUAGUGAAGGAAGAAGAGGCUGUUAUAGUGAAGGAAGAGGAGGCUGUUAUAGUGAAGGAAGAAGAGGCUGUUAUAGUGAAGGAAGAAGAGGCUGUUAUAGUGAAGGAAGAAGAGGCUGUUAUAGUGAAGGAAGAAGAGGCUGUUAUAGUGAAGGAAGAAGAGGCUGUUAUAGUGAAGGAAGAAGAGAAAGAACCUUUCAGAAUGAAAAGGGAGGAAGAGGAGGCUAUCUCAAUAAAGGUGAAGAUGGAAGACGUUUUUGGAGUGAAAGAGGAGGAGACAGAAGAUCCGAUUAACACCAGAGAGAGACAUGACUAUGGUGGAUCCUCUGGGGAGCCUCAACAACAUCCUGAUGCUCACGCGGAAGAGAAGAAUCUCUCCAGAUCAGAACACCAGAUGGACAACGCUAGCCCUUCCUCCCUCCCGGAGUCCCCGUGUCGUGCCUCUCCCGGUAGCACCUUACUGCUGGGUAUGAAGAGGUUGUCUGUGCUGCUGGUGGACUGCAGGAAAAUAACGGGGCUGAGUGGAACUGUGAGAGGAGGAGGAGAGAAGAAAGGAUCAGAUUUGACUCAUCAAAGAGAAAGACCAGACUCAGAGGAACCAGAGCCAGGGACGUCCGAACCAGCAAGACGACACCAGUGCUCCCACUGUAGAAAGGGUUGUAACCGGUUAUGGGACCUGAAACAACACGAGAAAAUACACACAAGGGAGAAGCCUUACCACUGCUCCCAGUGUGGAAAGUGUUUCAGCCGUUCAAGGCUGAACCUGCGUCCUUGUAUGAAUAAAGUCCCGCCCAGGAACAGGAAACUAUAA